AUGCGAGCGGCCAUGAAUCCGUUUUUCUCCAAGGGUGCCGCGGACCGCGCCUCUGCCGGUUUUGUUAGGCGGUUAAAUUCAGCCUCGGAUAUAAUCUCACAACAGUCGGCAGAGAGAAAAGGCAUUGACCUGGUAAACGUAAUCCGCUCAUUGACGUGCAAUACGAUGGCCGAGGCUUUCCUCGGGGAUCCUGAGUUAGUUCCCACUGGGUGUCGCUCUGACUUGCUGGAUACGCUGGAUGAGAUUGGCUCUAAAUCUUUGCUGAUCUUGAACUUCCCUCUCUUGGGAUAUCUCGGUUCAAAGAUUCCUCCUUGCAUUGCCGACUCUCUGGCUCCUGGCCUUCGAGGCCUACGAGAGAAAUGCAACAUUUUGAUCAGAAGAUGCCAGGAGAAGAAAAAUAACUCCGAAUCUUUUGGAGGUUCAGGCUCAGUAUGUGAAAUGAUACUCGGCACAAACCCCGCUGGCGCUCUAUCCACCGCAGUGGAUCGUGAUAUAAUGCAACACACGCUACAGUUCCUGGUCCCCAACACCGAUUCCUCAGCAAUGGCUCUAUCUGCGGCAAUCUUCGAGCUCAUUAAGUUUCCUGCAAUGCGCCACCGCCUCCGCGGCGAGUUGAUGGAUUACUCUCUUGAAAGCGACGAUUGGAGCAGUUUGACCAAGCUACCAUAUCUGACAGCAGUAGUGAAAGAAACCCUGCGUAUGCAUCCUAGCCUCCCGGGCCUCUUGCCUAGGGUCGUUCCAGCAGGGGGAUACACUAUUGGCCAGCACUACCUCCCUCAAGACAGCAUAUACGCCAUGCAUCAAAACGCAGAGGCGUAUCCGGAACCGACACGAUUUAUUCCCGAGCGUUGGCUGAUAAACAGCGAUAAAGAGCGCGACAGGUGUUUUACACCAUUCCAGAAGGGAAAUAAUGCCUGCAUCGGAAUAAAUCUCGCAUAUAUGCAGUUAUAUCUCGGCAUUGCGCAUAUAGUCAAGCGCGUUGAUUUGGCACUGUGCCAGUCUGACUUCACUGACUGGGACUGGAUUGAUCGAGCAGGGGCGAAGUUGGCAAGACUGGUGUCGGUUCGAGUCGUUCAAGAUUAUGCGAGUGGUGAAUACUCGCGUGGGUCUAUGGAUAGUAAUGGUGUGUAA